AUGAUGGAGCUCAGACUUCCCCCCAUCCGCGACCUCAACCUCCACGACGAUGUGCGCCAGCCUGCGCAUCCGGCUCCCUCCCAAGGGCCGGUGGUACGCGACGAGCGACUUCAAAAGGUUCUGAGCCAUUGCCAGGCCCUGUGCGCUUUUGCCGACCAUUAUGCCACUGCCCCUCCCCCGCCUCAAUCUCCCGAGGUCACUCAGAUGGUCGAUCGUGCUGUUGAAGUAAUCAAUAUUUUGAAAGAAUACAAAGAAGCACACUGCCCUCCGAGCGCGCCACCACGUCCCCCCAAACGGCCCUGGGAAGAUCCCACCGACGACAUAGUUACUCAACGCCCAGCUCCUUCGCCCCCUACCGACCGUGUUCCGUCGCCCAUCACCGCACCAGCCUCACCCACGAAUGUCGUUCCCCCUGCCCAGGAGGCCCAGAUGGGGGUAUUUGAUGGUCAACCUGAGCGGAAGUCGACUGUAGAAGAUGAUGCUAAGGCAGCUGCCAUCCGUGAUAUGGAGGAUAUUCGUGCUCGUCGCAAUCAGGUUCAGGCUAAUGCAUCCGGUAAAGUCAAGUACAAGAAACGCAGCCGUGCCACCCCUCCCGGUCAAUGUCACUCGUGCGAGAUUUCGGACACCCCAGAAUGGCGUCGUGGCCCUGAUGGCCAACGCACCCUUUGCAAUGCUUGCGGUCUUCAUUACGCCAAACUCGUGCGUAAGCGUGAUAGGAUCAUCAGCUCCCUUCCGGCGGGCGGGGAAGCUCCACCCCCAAUAGAUAUCGCCUUCCUUCGUAAAUCGGCCCGCAUGGCAGCAGAAAACUCGGCCCUUGCUCGUUCUUCCGCGGGUCGCCGUCGUACCACUGAAAAGGACAAGGCCAAGACUGACAGCCCCGCGGCAAGUAGCUCUAAGCCACCCUCUACCUCGACGGACGAAGGUCGCCGCACAUGGGAACGUCAUGAGAAGGAGUCUGGACCCAUUAAACAAUACAGACACAGCACGGUUACUUCCCCCACCUUUUCUGCUCCGCCGUUGUCGAGCCCUACUCGCCCACUCACAUUGAUGCCUAUGACGUUACCACCGCCCCCUCAAACCCGUUACCCAGCCCCAGGUCAACCCCCGGUAACCUAUGGCCCUUCUUUUCAGCCGUAUAUUCAAUCCGGCCCCGCUUCCCAGCCUUCCUAUCAUAUGGGUCCUCCAGGCAACUCCUGGAGCUACGAUCACGGACACCCACACUAUCCUCCGGGCUCUGCCCAGUGGGGCGAUCGAUCCAUGCCACCCCGAUGA